GGUUGACCUAGACAAAUGACGUACAAAAUCAGGCACAGAAGAUGUAAAAAUAUUGGAAAGAUAGUCUUUUACCUGCGAUACUACCUGACAGUGAAUUUGGUUCGAAAUUAACAGUGAGCAUGUCUGCGAAGCACGACGAGUCCAGUCGCCAAUCCGAGUGGGUCGUCAGCAGCAGGUUCAAAACAAUGCAGGCAACACACCGAGCCUAAGCUGGAAUAAUCACCGAGGAAAAUUGCGCCGCCACCCGCUCCGUGGCCUGCGACGGCGGCCCGCUGGCUGCGCCUUAGGAGCCCCGGACGCCCUGCAAGCGCGGGGACUGCUUCAAUGUCCGCGCAAGUCUUUGGCCAAAACACAAGAAAAGUGUACUCGGUGUGGUAUGGCCGAGUGGGCACAACCAACUCCAUCACGUCGGACCAGGUUCAGCAGGUCUUCAACGAUAUGGAUCUCUACCCUUCCAAGUCGCAGGUUUAUGAGAUGCUGCAGUGCGCGAAGGAGUGCGCGAACCGCAGCACGGCAGCCUACCUCACGUUUGGCGAAUUCUGCGUGUUUGCCACGGAGCUCAAGCGCUGCUAUGAAAAAGGCAUAUCACGCCCAAUGCAAGUGUCCAAAAAGAAUGGCGACGUCGAGGAGAAAAACAACAAAAAGAGAAAUAACAAAAACUUAAGCGGCAAUGAAAGUGAUGAUGAAAAUGUGCCCAAAUACGAAGUGUUUCUGGGUGGCUCGUGCAACCCGACUACAUGGAGACAGGAUACGGCGAUACCCGUACUAAAGAAGCUUGGCAUCACAUUUUACAACCCGCAAGUGUCCCACUGGGGCCCGGAGUUGGUUGAGCUCGAGUGGAAGGCCAAGCAGCACGCCACGGUGCUCUUCUUUGUGAUGGACAACGAGACCCGGUCGGUUGCCUCCCUCAUUGAAACAGCCCACAGUGCAGGCAAACAACGCAAAUUGAUUCUUGUCAUCAACCCUUACAAAGGACCAGGCCAGGAGAUCUGUGGAGAGUUUUUGUCCCAGCAAGAGUACGCAGACUUGAGUGCAGGGCAAACAAUUUUACAAGACUUGGUUGAGAGGCAAGGGAUUCCUGUUUUUGACAGCAUUCCUGUGGCGCUGAACUGCACGGCUAAGAUUCUGAGAGAAAAUCUUAGUGUGCAAGACUUGAGCCUAAAAGAUUUUGCGCAACCAGUGAAAAUGGCGCAUGUACAGCUAGGUGAUAAACUAAUAAAAUUAAGAGAAACCUUUGAUGCUUUGGACCACAACGGAUGUGGGCAGCUGAACUUGGCCGAUGUUUGCAUGGCGUUUAGAAUUUUAACUGGGAAAAACUUGUCGAUGAAGGACCUGCGGAGUAUUGUGGCAAGUCAAAGAGGUGUCUUGGGCAAAGAUGUGACGGACGUGCCUCUCGAGCAGCAGUCUGUUUCGUUUGAGCAGUUUUGCUCGAUCAUGGCAGAGUUCAAGAUGAGAGAAAGUGAGAUUCAUAAUUCAGGUUCAAAUUUGUUUCUGCGCCGCACGCAGACCUCUACUUCCUCCUCUACAGGCUUUCAUAACCAGGGAGGCAAUUCCACCCCUACCACCAACAGCAGCACGGCAAUCGUGCCUGUCAGCUCGGGAAUGUGGGGGUGGAUGAAUUCGCUUGCAAAUCAAACAGCUAUGGUUCUGUCCGAAUCUUUUUCUGGGCUCAUAGAAUGGGUUACUGGGCCUUCGUCAAGGUCUCCACUCUCUCGAUCUCCAACAUCUACAAACAAUGUGUCCAUCAGCCAAUUACCCUCCUGCUUGCGAGACGUUUAUUUAGGUGGUUCCGCAAGCAACUCCAACUGGCGAGAUGAAAUUGCCAUUCCUAUUCUUAAGAAAAACGGGCUAAGCUAUGUGAACCCGCAACGCAACUCUGGCAGCUGGGGUAGUCGGCUAGUUCCUAUCGAAGCUGCUGCCAUGGAUGCUAGUUGGCUUCUUCUUUUUGUAAUUACAAACACAUGUCGAGCUGUGGCACCAAUGGCAAUGGCAUCUCAUUACAUCGGCUUGGGUUGCAACAUAAUUCUUUGUGUACAAUAUCUACCUGAUGACUGUGUAAUAGACGGAGAGAAAUUGUCCAAGCAAGCGAUAAAGGACUACAAUCGAGGUCGGAUGUAUUUGUCAGACUUGGCGAAUAGAGAUGGAGUGCCUGUUUUUGAAAACGUCACGGAGGCUGUUCAGUGUGCUGUGACUAAGUGCCUGAACCGAUGAGGACCAUGAGUUACGAGUCUGGCAUUUCUUCGUUGCCGCGUUCCAAGCCCUAGUAUUUCAACCACCAUGCCAUCCAUCAGAGAGAACUUGGGUUAUUCACCUAAUUUGUUUUGAAAUUAUUGAUUUUUAUCUAUUGAAAGGGACUUUGACAGCUAUUAGACUAAUGAACUUGAAAAGUCAAAAUUU